UGGUUUGGGGCAGGUCCAUAUAGAAGGGAAGGUUCAGUCAGGAACGUUUAGAAGCGCAUGAGAAGCAGUGACAGACAGCUGGCCACAUCCAGGGAACAGGAUACAAAGAGGGAAGCUAGAGGCAUCACAGGAUGGCUAAGAACCUGUUAAUGGUAUUGCUACUCAACCUCCUCGGCCAAGUGUUUUGCCUGCAGUGUAAUACAUGCCAUGGAGAAUACAAUUGUGUUGGAGAAAGCAUGGCCUGUGAAGGUUCCUCGGCCAGCUGCACAACAUCAGUCCGAAAGGCCCAUGUCUCUUUUCUGGAAUUCCAGACCGUGAGGAAAGGCUGCGCUCGGCAGCUCUAUCCAUUUGAUUCUUUUUUCCUGACUUCACAUCUCGUGACUCUGUCGUACCAAGCAAACUUUUGUUCGGAGGAUGGCUGUAACAACGAGACCUCUUUUGUCUCUUUUCCUGCCCCAACCAAUCACAUGCGCUGCCAUACCUGUACCUCCCAAGGAGCCUGGUGUCCUGAAGCUUCUCGCACUCAGAUCAGCUGUGUUGGGCAACAGGACCAAUGUGUGGAUCUUGACAUCACUGGGAAGUUGGGUCCAUAUUCCAAUCUCAAGCUGAAAGGCUGCACCAAUCUCCCCCGGUGUGAGGAGACCUUGAGCUUUCACUCUGGAAGCCGGACCAUCCACGCCAGCUGCUGUAAUACUCCAUUUUGCAACACCUUCACUCCAGACUUGCACCUGGAAAGUCAGCCAAAAAAUGGAUUGGAGUGCUAUAGCUGUGUGGAUGGGCAGGACUCCAAUGUCGGAUGCUCCAGGAAGACCAUCUCCAAGGUGAAGUGCACGGGUGUUCGUAACAUGUGCCUGGAAGGGAUUGGCAAGAACCGUAAAGCUGGAAAAGAGGUGAGCUUGGUGACUUUCAAAGGCUGUGCUUCCCCUGCCAUGUGCCAGAGUUCUCUCUUGGAAUUGGUGCAAGAACUGGAAGAUGCUGACAUCAUCUGUUGCCAAGGGAAUCUCUGCAACAAUCGCAUUGUAGAUGGUGUGGUCACAGAACCCAAAGUCCCUGCCGACAGCCCCGAAAACAUGGAGGAUGUAGAAUGUCCCGUGUUCAACCUCACGCCGGCUGAGCUCAUUCCCAAAUCUGAUUGUUUCUAUUCAGACGAGAUGGAAGAUGGUAACAUGGUGGUGAACCCUCCUAACAGUGAGGUCCCAUCUCCCAGAAACCACACUGAUAAGGAGACCAUCUACAUGGCGGAUGAAAAGAAAGUUAGUGAGAAUUUUGUCAAUGAGAGCAAUGCCCGGCCAUCAUCCCCUCAUGACCACAUCUUAGUAGGUGGAAAAACAUUUGAGGAGAGUGUUUCUGGAAAUUCUUCUGAAAGCAGUGAAUCAUCUUCCUCUACAGGUGGUUCGCAGCCCGAACAUGGUUCUUCAGGCAGUUCCUCAGCUACAACAAACCUGGAGACCCGCAAUUCAACUUCUUAUGAUAGUCAUGGAAGUGUUGCUCUACUGAUACCUUUCAUUGUUCCCAACAGAGACAGGACUACCUCUCCUCCCACUUCCUCCCCCAUCACGACAAGUCCCUCCAAAGAGGUUUUGACAGCUGAUAGUAAUGAUAAGGACGUCGCAAGUGAUAAAUGUGAGACAGAAGGGGAGUGCCUUGCCACUGGGGGACACUUCAUAGCCACCAAGGAGAAGGAUCGUGAAAGUUCUCCUUCCAGGCACCCUCCUUAUGGAAGUGGAAAUCCAGUAAACAUCUCCAGCUCUGCUGAAGACACUCCCAGUGCUGGUAACUUUCUCAGAGAAGGAAGCAAUCAGGAAUCAGGAUCCUAUUCCUCCUCCACUGAAAACACACACAACGUUUCUGUUUUAGCUGUAGAGGAGCAUGGACUUCCUCAUUCUCCUGCCACUAAUGCCUCAGAAAGCACCAACAUAGAGCAUGGCCAUGGGUCAACUGGAGGUGAAAGCUUCAUUGUUGAUAAUAGUAUUCCUGUAUCAACCCCUGCCAGCCGUAAUGCCACUUCAGAUGGUCUGGCCAGCCAUGUUCUUCCCAUACUUCCGAUCGAUAACAGCUCUUUCAUCGUAGAAGACAAGACCAAAGCAAAUGCUUCUUCAGCAGCAAAUACCAACCUGUUUGCUAAUAAUACUAAUAUUCAAACAUAUCUCAACACCAACAUGUCCAAAUCCACCACCAAUCUCGGAAUGGGCCUGGUUGCAGCACUUAGUACCUCCCAUCCCAAAACCAAGACUCCGUGCAAGCACCCAGAGUGUCAAAACCCACCUAAAGUGAACCUGAUGGCUUCAUCUGGAGCAGAAGAAGAAGCUACAAGGAAUGCUAGCAGCUCACUCCUCACUGAUCCUAAAAGGCCAGAGCGCAACACAGGAGGAAAAGAAAGACCUGGUAGUGGAGCUCUCAGCCUCACCUUUCAUUUUGGUUUCUUCUCCCUCAUUCUUGUGUUAGCUGCCCUUAUUUAGUUUGUUGAGAUAGGGAGGGGAAGUAUGUUUGCUGAAUGGUGACCCAGGUGUCUGGAUUUUAUCCCAACCUGCUUCCAAAAGAAAGAAAGAAAGAAAGAAAGAAAGAAAGAAAGAAAGAAAGAAAGAAAGAAAGAAAGAAAGAAAGAAAGAAAGAAAGAAAGAAAGAAAGAAAGAAAGAAAGA